AUGUGUUUAUGUUUGAGUGCACAGCGGUGGGACAUCCGGAAUGGGGAACCCGUAGACGGAGACUCGCACGCGCUCGCGCACAAAAUGGAUUUGAAGGGGACCACUUUUGGAAGGUUUAUGAAUUGUAGGGUUCCGGCCAAUAAGAGAUACCAGCCGACGGAAUAUGAACAUGCUGCUAACUGUGCUACACACGGGUUAUGGAUUCUACCGAGCCUGGUGGGUGGUUCUGUGCUGUACUUCCUGUCAGGGGACCUAUGGCAUCGCAUUGCUGCCUGGCUAUAUGGCAGCGGACUCACAGGCCUCUUUGUCACCUCAACACUCUUCCAUGCUGCUGCCUGGAAAAUCAGCCACCUCAGAAAGGUGGAGCAACUUUUCCACAUGUGUGACCGGAUGGCCAUCUACUUCUUCAUAGCGGCUUCAUACUCUCCCUGGUUGAUGCUGAGGGAACUGGGCCCGUGGGCAUGCCACAUGCGCUGGCUGAUUUGGGUCAUGGCUUUUUUCGGGUCAAUAUAUGUCUUCUUCUUCCAUGAGAGGUACAAGCUGGUAGAGUUGCUGGGGUAUGUGGCCAUGGGAGCUGUUCCUGCUCUGGUCAUCCUGUCUAUGGUGGACCACGAAGGUGUGUGUGAACUCGCCAUGGGAGGAGUCUUCUACGUAGUGGGUGUGGUCUUCUUCAAGAGCGAUGGUUUCGUCCCCUUCGCUCACGCUAUUUGGCAUCUUUUCGUGGCAGCCGGAGCAGGAAUUCACUACUACGCCAUCUGGAGGCACCUCUACUUGCCUCAGACCCUCAUGGAGACCUCCAGGUGA